AUGCGCUCUGCCAUUGUCAUUGCUCUUGGUGCCUUCGCGGCUCUUGUCUCUGCCGCCAGAGAGAACCCUUUCAACGUUCCCCGUGGUGGCUAUCAAUUCACCGCCAACCAGCCUACCACCUUGACUUGGCAGCCUACCACCGAUGGCACCGUGACCAUCAAGUUGCAAAAGGGUGAUGAAAUUACACCUGAUUCCGGAAUUGUCAUUGCCCGUAAGUUCCUCCUUCUUUUGCUGCUUUCUCCAUGCGCAUCAUUGAGCUAA